ACAAUAACUAUGCGGUUAUUUCUAGUGCAUCAAAUGAAAAGGAAACUCCUAUAUAUGAGAUGAUGUGGCAGGAAACUAGCCUGAGAAUUACUAAAGCUUCUCUUAAGUCAUCGACAUUCACAAAUCCAGGAUUAGUUCGCUGGAGAGUAGGCAAUGACAGAUGGUAUUGGAUGCCAAGAAACCGAGCAUAUGAACUCUCUCAGAAAGAUGAAGCUAUUUAUACAGGUAGAUAUGACACCACUGUCCAGAAUUUUGCGCCUUUAAGUCAAUACCGUGUAAUAUAAAUCAAAAAAUUCGAGGGUAGGAAAUCACAAAGAAAAUAAAGGAUAUAAAAAAAAGGUAAUAACUAACUUAGACUUGA